CCGCCAACCAAACCGCUCACCGUCCCCCGCCCUUCUGCGGCCUUUUCAAAGGGUACGGUUCCGGCGAGAGGAGGAGCGAGUUGGAGAGGACGACGACGACGAAGUGGAUGACAGAAGAUUGAGAAUCGCCAUCAGGACCAUCACUAGUAUCAGCAACGGGCUGCGAGCAGGACGAGACUUUCGGGGCUUUAACGACGACGACGAAGACGAUAACACUACUGCCGUGACUACUAGCACUGCAUACCAAGACGUAGACGCAGGCUUAGACGCAGACGAAAUGCCUAGGGCGGCGUGGGGGGUGUUGUUUGAUGAGGAGGAGAGGCCGACGGAGAGGCUGAGGGAGGUGUUGGCGGCUUUGGGGAGAUGGGUUGUGAGUUUUACUUUUUUUUUUCUCUCUUCUUUUCUUCUUGAGUUGGUUAUUGGAGGUUAGGUUGUUGGAAAGGCGCCGGGUUGAAACGGUAAAUGUGCUAACGUCGAGGAUUGCUUAGGUUCGUGAGAUGCCUUGCGCAUUAGAUGUCUUCAGAAAUGAGACCAGCGAUGAAUCCAUAACUCGGGUCCAAAGACUCUAUGACGACCUCGACGUCGAAUACCGUCUUCGCACUCUACCGCGGACCACCGCCACUUUGCCAUCUCCAUGCCUCACACCCAGAGGUUUUGCCGAGUUCCUGAUCAAGUUGAUCCUCAGCUACCCUGAUAGCCAGCAUCAGUUCCUCUCGAAUGUAUUCAGGAGUAAUCAGAUCACCGCGCCGAUGGACAACCUGAAUAGGUGGGGAGCAAGAGGAGGAGAAGGGUUGCUACCCGGCCACCUAGACAGAUCUCUCUUCCCAGAGUUUAUGGACACCGCGAUGGAAGCAAGAGUGAGACGGGCUCUGAUGGCAGCUGAGUUUGGGACACCGGGGCGGGUGGUAGAUCGAAGCGACUCGCUAGAGAGACUGAGGGAGGAAAGGGCACAAAGGCAGAGACGAGCUAAUCAAGACAGAGCCCGGGAACGAAGGAGAGCCGAGUACCAAGGAUAUCGACUAAGAGGCGGCGGUAGCGAUGACGAUGCUGAUGCGGAGCGAGGACGAAGCAUGGAGCGACGUUCCUCAAGCCGAGUGGAAAUCCGGAGGACAUCCCGGGUCGCAUCACCCGGAAUUCAGCGAGUGACUACCGUGGUCCGGUCCCGUUCCAGAUCCAGAUCAAGGUCCCGUCAUCGUCGCCCAUCAGAUAAUCCCCAAACCUCAUCGUCAUCCCAAGACCGCAAAGCCGACAAUCUCCACGUGCGCUUCACCUCUGGAACCAAGCACCCCAAAAGAAAGCGUUCUUCGGCCGUCCUCUCCUACAAGAGACCGCCAGCCGUCACCAAAUGCCACACCAAGUUCGAAGACUAUAGCUGCCUAUUCCCGCCGCAUCCAAUUCCGACAUCCUGCCAUCCACGACCACGACCCAAAACACCCGUUGUUGCAGAUUGUAAACCACCCAAGCCAAAGCCAGCAACGUACUAUCCCCGUCUGCCACCCGGCCACCCACCCAUUUCGUUCCCAUCACCUCGUCCAGCUCCAGCUCCAACAUGCCACCCUCCCACUCAACAAAUCUGCGACUCGUCCAAACCCAAACCCAAAGCCACUUACCGACCCCGUCCCCGACCCGGCUGUGGUCCCGCAAAGACCCGUCCGGAACGCAUCUACCGCGAAGUCCCCAUCUACCACGAGAUCCCCGUGCGUGAGAUCCGCGAAGUCGAAGUCGAAGUGCCUGUUCGCGUCGAAGUUCCCUACGAAGUCCCCGUUCGAGUUCCGGUCGAGGUGCCUGUGAGGGUCAAUGUUCCGGCGCCGUAUCCGGUGCAUGUGCCUGUGCAUGUGCCGGUGCCGCAGCCUUAUCCUGUUUAUCACGGUGGUGGUGGUGGUGGGUAUGGAGGGUAUGGAGGGUAUGGGGGACAUGGAGGAAGGUAUGGGGUGAGGGCUGAUGAGGGACCUUGGUAUCCGUUUAAGGCUGUCACUUGGCAGAGUGGACCGCCUUUUUAGGGGGAAGUUGGGGAUGGGUUGAGGAAUGGGACAUGGAAAUGGAAGUGUUGGGUUUUUGGGGAUUUGGGAGGAGGAGGAGGAGAGGGGGUGCGUGGCGCGUGUAGCCUGACACGACAGUGGCUGCCCCUUGGUUUGGUGGUGCAUAGGAAGGGAAUUUCACUAGGCGGUAAACGUAGGAAUAUGGGAAUAUGGAAGCGCCUGUUCGAAAACAAACAAACAAGCAAACCUGGUGAUUUCAACCGUG